AUGUUUGAUGGUGGAGUACCGGAGCAGAUCCACCGGUUCGUAGCAUCUCCACCGCCACCUCCUCCGCUUCCGCCGCAUCAACCGGCGGCCGAAAGAUCACUCCCUUUUCCUGUCUCAUUCGCUUCCUCUUACACCAACCAUCAAGCCCAGCAUAUGUUGAGCCUGGAUAUACACCAUCAUCACCAUCAUCAUCACCAUGACAUCAAAGAUUCUGGUGCCACUUCCGAGUGGAUGAGUCAUACGGAUCAUGGUGGUGAUAAUCAUCAUCCAUGGUGUAGUGAUGAAGUCCUUGCCCUUCUUAGGUUCAGAUCUACGGUGGAGAACUGGUUCCCUGAAUUCACUUGGGAGCACACCUCAAGAAAGUUGGCAGAAGUUGGGUUUAAGAGGAGUCCACAAGAAUGCAAAGAGAAAUUCGAAGAAGAAGAGAGAAGAUAUUUCAAUAGUAACAACAACACUAAUGAUCAUCACAUCAACAAUUACAACAAGGGAAGUUAUAGGACAUUUAGCGAGGUUGAAGAGUUUUAUCACCAUGGUCAUGAUGAUGAGAAUGUCUCAUCAGAAGUUGGGGAUAACCAAACCAAGAGGAACGACUCACUGGAGGGAAAAGGAAACGUGGAGGUUACGGGACAAGACUUGUUGGAGGAUGACAAAAGAGAUCACCAGGGUCAAGUAGAAGAAGCAUCAAUGGAAAACAAAGUAAACUCCAUUGAUAAUGCUGUCAAAGUUGGAAACGCAGAAGGUGAUGCGAAGUCAUCAUCUUCUUCAAGCUUGUUGAUGAUCAUAAGAGACAAGAAGAAGAGGAAGAGAAAGAAAGACAAGGAGAGGUUUGGUGUGUUGAAAGGGUUUUGCGAGGGUCUUGUGAGGAACAUGAUAGCCCAACAAGAGGAGAUGCAUAAGAAGCUUCUAGAAGAUAUGGUGAAAAAGGAAGAAGAGAAAAUGGCGAGAGAGGAAGCUUGGAAGAAGCAAGAGAUGGAGAGGCUCAACAAAGAGGUAGAGAUUAGAGCACAAGAACAAGCCAUGGCUAGUGAUAGAAACACCAACAUCAUCAAUUUCAUAUCCAAGUUCACAGACCAUGAGCAUCAUAUCGAUGGUAGUAGUUAUAAGGUCCAAAGCCCAAGCCCUUCUCAGGACUCAUCUCUGUUACCUCUACCACAAACCCAAAGUACGAGAAAGUUUCAAACUUCAUCAUCACCAUUAUCUCAAACCCUAACUCAACAUACAUCACUUGAACCCAUUUCAGCUAAAGCCCUAAAAACCAAAACCCAAAACCAAAAACCACCCAAAAGUGAUGAAAAAAGUGAUCUUGGCAAGAGAUGGCCUAGGGAUGAAGUGUUGGCACUUAUCAACAUUAGACGCGGUAUCAGUAGCACGAAUGAUGAUGAUCAUCAUAAAGAUGGGAACUCAUUAUCAUCAUCCUCAAAAGCAGUUCCUUUGUGGGAAAGAAUAUCCAAGAAAAUGUUGGAGACUGGGUACAAGAGAAGUGCCAAGAGAUGCAAAGAGAAAUGGGAAAACAUCAACAAGUAUUUUAGGAAGACAAAAGAUGUUAACAAGAAGAGACCACUUGACUCUAGGACUUGUCCUUAUUUUCACCAACUUACAGCUUUGUACAGCCAACCCUCCACUGGGACCACCACCAGUGCCACCGCCACCGCCACGUCAGCCGGAGAUCUGGAACCCCGACCCGAGGAAAACCGGGUAGGAUCCGGUGAUCUUGAUAUUCCUGCAGCCAUGCAUGUAGUUGCAGAUGGUGCCAACGACGAAUAA